UUAGUUAUGUAAAACAACUAUAGUUUUAUAGUUUUGAUACAAAUUAAAAAAAAAAGUAAACCUUCAAUGAUUUUGGAAUGGAGAAAAUAGCAACUAUCAUACAUCUCAAAAGCUGAUAUUGUCCUUGACUUUGCACUGAUGUUAAAUGCAGACGAUCACAACCUCUGAGCAAGUUUCUCUGACUGUCACACACCUGAAUCAAAGAUCAAUGGAAAAGCCAACCAUCUUCACCCGAAGUUGCCCCAAUCACAAGCUCUUGUUCUUAUCUCUCAUCUCCUUUCUCCUCUGCUCUUUACUCAUAUUCCUUGAUUAUUCAGCCACAUUUCAUGGUCCCAAACACUGGCUCUCAAACACCGCCACAAACCCGUGCAAGGACCGCUACAUUUACAUUCACGAGCUUCCUCCACGCUUCAACCGCCACAUUCUCGAGAAUUGUCACUCCCUCACCAGAGGCACCGACAAGCCCAACAUGUGUCCGUACAUGGUGAACCUCGGUUUGGGUCCUGAAAUCACAAACAGUUGUUAUGAAACCAACCAGUUCAUGCUGGAGAUCAUUUUUCACAACAGGAUGAGGAAGUACAAUUGUUUGACCAAUGAUUCCUCCCUUGCCUCUGCAAUCUUUGUCCCGUUUUAUGCUGGUCUUGACGUGAGUCGCUUUCUCUGGGUUUCUAAUCUGACAGAAAGGGACUCCUCUGGUCAAGAACUUCUUCAAUGGCUGGUGAACAAGCCUGAGUGGAAGAAAAUGUGGGGGAGAGAUCAUUUCCUUGUUUCUGGGAGGAUUUCUUGGGAUUUGAGGAGGCAAUUUGAUGAUGAGUCUUACUGGGGUAGCAAGUUUAGAUUCUUCCCUGAAUCCAUGAACAUGUCAAUGUUGGCUGUUGAAGCUAGUUCAUGGAACAAUGACUAUGCUAUACCAUACCCAACUUCAUUCCAUCCCAGAAAUGAAAGUGAAGUUUUCCAAUGGCAGAGUAAAAUUCUACAUCGAAAGCGGCCAUAUUUGUUUUCUUUCACCGGUGCUCCGAGGCCUGAACUUGAAAAUUCCAUCAGAGGGAAGAUCAUAGACCAAUGCAGAGGCUCUAAUGCUUGCAGGUUCAUUGAUUGUAGCUAUGGUAAAGAGAAAUGUGAUGAUCCAAUUAAUGUUAUGAAGGUGUUUGAAAAAUCUGUGUUCUGUUUGCAGCCUCCAGGGGACUCGUACACUAGAAGAUCAAUUUUUGAUUCCAUGUUGGCUGGUUGUGUUCCUGUUUUUUUUCAUCCUGGUACAGCUUAUUCACAGUAUCUGUGGUAUUUUCCAAAGAACAGGACUAAGUACUCUGUGUAUAUACCAGUGAAGGAUGUGAAAGAAUGGAAUGUUUCUGUAGAUAAGGUGUUGCUGGGAAUUUCAGAAGAUGAGGUGGUUGCAAUGAGAGAGGAGGUUAUAAAGCUGAUUCCAAGGAUAAUUUAUGCAGAUCCUAGGUCCAAUUUAGAUAACCUUGAAGAUGCAUUUGAUGUUGCAGUUAAAGGGAUACUUGAAAGGAUAGAGAUAGUAAGGGAAUUAAUAAGGAAUGGGAGAGAUCCUAGUGUUGGUUUUGCAGAUGAAGACCAUUACAAGUACACAUUUUCAGAUAAUUACAGCUGAAGAAAAAUAUAUUAUAGGGCAUGUAUUCUGGCAUUUCUGAUUCAUACUUAAGAUGAUACAUAGUGGAACAACAGCAUUUCUGAUUCAUAAUUGAUUCAUCAUGCUUUGCUUA